CAUCCUCUGACCCCUAAACGUCAGGCAGCCUAAAACAAAGAAUUGGGUUGCACUGGUUUCUCUGAGCUUCGCGACCCUGGCACCGCGGUUGGGACCCCGUGGGCUGCGUCCAUGCUCAUGUAGCUUUUGUAGACAUUUUUCACCGAUCGUUGCACGUUCUGCAUUUCCGAUCGUGUGACACGCCUUCUGGAGCCUUUGCUGACUGUUUUCUGCCCCACACCCGCAGGGCACAGUGCAACUGACUGCUCCGAGUACGCACCGGGCGCCUCCAGCUGCAGCCGAGGAGAUAAGCAGCCCAAGUUGGGAGAUGUGCCUUGAGAGCCCUUGCAGAAAGAAGUGCUGACCCCAGAUGCUGGCACUGUGCGCUCCCCGGGUUCCAAAGUGAGGACACUGAGCAAGAGUCGGUGUUAGAGGUGCAGCCUCCCGGCCAUCAGAGCUUCCAGCAGGUUCCUCAUCUAGAGUGAACCAGCCCAGGCAGGACCAUGCGGCAGCAGCGGCAGCGCCUGCUCACCUUGCCCGAGGUCGGCACCUGGGUGAACCUGCACCAUGCACAGAAGGCCAGGGAAGGGGCGCCCCAGUGGGAAGAUGUGACUAAAAUGUUUGAAGGAAAAGCUCUGCUACCUCAGGAUGCUGAUGUGAGCCAUGGAGGCAGUUUGGAGGAUGGAGUGACCCCUGGGACCCCAGCAACAGAAUCUCAGGAACUGUUAACCUUCAAGGAUGUAUCUGUGGACUUCACCCCAGAGGAGUGGGGGCAGCUGGCUCCCGCUCACCGGAGUCUGUACCGGGAGGUGAUGCUGGAGAACUAUGGGAACCUGGUGUCAGUGGGAUUUCAGCUUUCCAAACCUGGUGUGAUUUCCCAGUUGGAGAAGGGAAAAGAACCGUGGCAGAUGGAGGGAGAGAUUUCAGGAGGUCCAAAUUCAGAUAAGAGUACAGCAGACGUGGGGAGUAAAGCAGAAACCAAAGAGUCAACCUUAAAGAAUGACAUUUCAUGGGAAGAAGUGCACCAUGGCCUGAUGAUGGAAAGGUCCACUAGAGGAAGCACCUUGUGUUCCACAUUGGGAAGAGUCUCCAAAUGUGAUAAGUUAGAAAGGCAGCAGGAAAACCAAGGAAUAGGUGAGGAGCAAGUCCCCCUGAUCCACCAGAAAAUGCUCUCUCAGGAGCAAGGCCCAGAAUCUAACAGAUUUGAGAAAAUAAUUAACAUGAGCUCAAGAGUAAUGCCAGGACCAGUAGGUCUUCCAAGAAUAAGAGACCAUAAAUAUGAUACAUCUGGAAAAAGAAGUAGAUACAAUUUAGAGUUGAUUAAUCAUUCAAGGAGUUACACAAAAAUGAAAACCUUUGAAUGUAAUAUUUGUGAGAAAAUCUUCAAACAGCUCAUUCACCUUACUGAACACAUGAGAAUUCAUACUGGAGAGAAACCAUUCAGGUGUAAGGAAUGUGGAAAAGCCUUUAGCCAAAGUUCAUCCCUUAUUCCACAUCAGAGAAUCCAUACUGGUGAGAAGCCCUAUGAAUGUAAAGAAUGUGGGAAAACCUUCAGGCAUCUUUCAUCCCUUACUCAACAUGUCAGAAUUCAUACUGGAGAGAAGCCCUACGAAUGUGGAGUGUGUGAGAAAGCCUUCAGCCAGAGCAUUGGACUAAUCCAGCAUCUGAGGACUCAUGUUAGAGAGAAACCUUUUACAUGCAAAGACUGUGGAAAGGCAUUUUUCCAGAUUAGACAUCUCAGGCAACAUGAGAUUAUUCAUACUGGGGUGAAACCCUAUAUUUGUAAUGUAUGCAAUAAAACCUUUAGCCAUAACACAUACCUAACUCAACACCAGAGAACUCAUACUGGAGAAAGACCAUAUAAGUGUAAGGAAUGUGGAAAAGCCUUUAGUCAGAGAAUACAUCUUUCUAUUCACCAGAGAGUCCAUACUGGAGUGAAACCUUAUGAAUGCAGUCAUUGUGGGAAAGCCUUCAGGCAUGACUCAUCCUUUGCUAAACAUCAGAGAAUUCAUACUGGAGAAAAACCUUAUGAUUGUAAUGAAUGUGGAAAAGCCUUCAGCUGUAGUUCAUCACUUAUCAGACACUGCAAAACACAUUUAAGAAAUACCUUCAGCAGUGACAUGUGAAAUAUAAUCAACAUCAGAGGAUCUGUAUUGGAGCAAAAACCUCUAAAUUAGUGGCUUCUUGACUAUUAGAUUUCAAAAACCAAUAGUAUUUUUUUAAUGGUUUGAUAAGUGUUACCAACUAUUAGUAAUGCCACAUUAAAAAUCAAUCACCUUUUAUCAGUAGGAAGGCUAGAAUAAUUAUAAUGAACUUGAAUAUUGAAUUAAAUCAGCUUUAAAU